AUGGACCCUUCGGUAAUCUGUGGCAUGGCCUGUAGAGUCCCUGGGGCCAAAUGCCCUAGCGAUCUUUGGAAGGUUCUUUGUGAGCAAAGAGAUCUGCGGAGUAAGAUUCCAGCAGAUCGAUUCAAUGUCGAUGCUUUCUAUCAUCCGUCUGGUAGACACAAAGGAACUACGAAUGCGCGAUACGGCUAUUUUCUCGAUGAGGAUAUCUCGAAGUUCGACAAUGAAUUCUUCAAGAUCUCGGGUAAAGAAGCCGAGUCUAUGGAUCCUCAGCAAAGGAUCCUUUUGGAAGUCGUCUACGAAGCUCUGGAAGAUGCUAACAUAACACUGGAAGAUAUCAGUGGUACCAAGACUGCGGUAUACUGCGGCUCGUUCUCCAAUGACUAUAGCACCAUGAUAUCCAGGGAUCUGGCGCAGUACCCCCAGCAUACUGUGACAGGCAUAGGCAAUUCUAUCCUGUCUAAUCGGAUUUCUUACUUCUUUAACCUCCAUGGACCCAGUGUGACCCUGGACACCGCGUGCUCUUCUUCCAUGAUGUGCUUUCACAUGGGAAACACAUCAAUUCAAAACGGCGAAUCAGAUAUAGCCAUCGUUGCAGGCAGUGCUCUCCAUUUUGAUAUGGGAACAUUCAUCACUAUGACCGACUUCGAGAUGCUUUCGAGUGAUGGAAGAUGCCGCACGUUCGACGCUCAUGGGAAUGGUUAUGCUCGUGGUGAGGGUGUCUGCGCUGUCGUGUUAAGGCGUCGUAGCGAAGCCCGGACAAUCAAUGCCCCUGUGCUUGCUGUUGUGCGGGCUAGCGGAAGCAAUCACGACGGACAUAAAGAGGGUCUUACACUACCGAAUGGGCUUGCGCAAGCUUGUCUCAUCAAAGAUACCUACGACUCUGCUCAGUUGACCACUAAGGAUACACAAUACUUCGAGGCUCAUGGCACAGGCACGGCUAGAGGUGAUCCAAUCGAGCUCAACACUAUCGGGGAGGUCUUUGCUUCAGAUCGAACCGAUGACCUGAUAGUAGGGUCAAUCAAGUCUAACCUGGGUCACCUAGAAGGUGCCUCUGGCAUAGCUGGUAUAAUUAAGACUGUCUUGUGCCUUCAAAGAGGGAAGAUUGCUCCAAACAUGCAUUUUGACACGCCUAAUCCGCUCGUCGACUUUACCUACCUGAAAAUCAGAGUCCCCACCGAAUUGCAGGAUUGGCCGGUUUGCGACUUGCGUCGUGCAAGCAUCAACUCAUUCGGCUACGGAGGCUCCAACGUACAUGUGAUUCUGGAACAGUAUCGCCCUGAUACAGAACCAGAACAUCAGUGCUCGGUCACGCCUGUCACUUCCAGCCGUCCUUUUCUUUUUCCAUGGUCAACUCAUUCGCACCAUGCUGCAAAGGCCAUGGCUGUCAACAUGAAAGAAUUCCUUCAAGAUCAUGAGGAGACUCCACUGUAUGACCUUAGUCAUAGCUUGAGUGUAGGACGAUCGAUGCAUCAGCUUCGAUCGUUCACAGUCAGUGAUUCCAUCUCGGAUCUCAUCGGAUGCUUGGACAUUCUUGCGGUGGAUGAAACAAGGUGGUCUCAGCCAAGAACAAUGGAAAGUAAGUUGCGGAUUGGUUUUGUGUUCACAGGGCAGGGUGCUCAAUACCCCGAGAUGUGUCGACAACUGAUUCAGCACUCUCCAUGUUUCCGAGAAUCACUUUGCAGAUGUGACAAGUACUUGAAGUCACUACCUGAUGGUCCGGACUGGUCCUGUGUAGAUGAACUUCUGAAGCCGGUACCUCGAUCUCUGCUGCAUCGAACCAAGUAUUCACAGCCACUUUGUGUUGCUAUACAGCUAUCACUAGUUGAGCUCUUGCGCUCUUGGAAGAUCGAACCGAUCGCGGUUGUCGGCCAUUCAUCUGGUGAAAUUGCAGCAGCAUACGCAGCUGGAAUAUUGAGCUUCGAAAGCGCAAUCAUCUGCGGUUACUACCGAGGCCUUCACAUGUCCCACGCCACCAUCCCAGGUGCCAUGCUUGCAGUCGGCCUUGACGAGUUGGAAGUGCAUGAGUUAAUCAAGCGCUAUCCUGGUCAGGUGACGUUAGCUGCUAUCAACGCGCCUACAACCAUGACUCUGUCUGGCAAUGAGGAUGCAAUCACUGCGAUACAGCAAGAUUUGGAGAGCUCAAAGAUCUUCGUGAGGCGACUUUCUGUGGAACAUGCAUUCCACUCUCAUCACAUGAAUCCACUGGCAAGUGCUUUUGAAGACUCCUUGUCGCUCUGCGGUCGUUUCAAUGCCCAGACAGCUCAGAUCAAAAUGUCUUCUAGUGUCACUGCCCGUGACUCGAGCGCUCGUCGCAUGGAUCCGAGGUAUUGGGCAGACAACAUGACAGACCAAGUACGUUUCUACGAUGCUUUGGCGGACAUGCUCCUCGAUGAUCGUGAGGAAAAGCGGGUCGAUAUCCUUAUCGAAGUCGGCCCACAUCCCACUCUCCAAGCGCCCAUUCGGUCAUGCUUGGAGUCGCUUGACCUGCAGGUUGUCUAUUUAGGCUCACUGGAUCGCAAACUUCCUGCCUACGACAGCUUAUUGGAGAUGACUGGCCGCUUAUUCAAGCUUGGCUAUCCUGUAGACUUCAGAGCCAUAAAUAGCGUGUGCUCGGCUGAUCAACCACACGAUUCUCCACCUCACAUUAUCAAAGGUAGCAGAAUAGAAGGUCUACCACGUCACAGCUGGAAUCAUGAAUCUCGAUUCUGGUCCGAAACGCGCCUUUCACGAGAUCAUCGACUAAGACCGUACCGUCAUUCCCUUCUCGGCUUCCCUGUUCCAGGUGUGCCGGCGAGCUGUGGCUUUUGGCGCAAUUUCCUCCGUCAGAGCGAACUUCCAUGGUUGUACCAGCACGUCGUAGACUCAAAAAUUGUGUUCCCAGCUGCAGGCUAUCUGAGCAUAGUUCUCGAGGCUGGCGUGAGACUUUUUCCACGGCUGAAGAGAGCUCACAUGCAAGACAUAGUCUUCAAGUCCGCUUGCGUUCUUUCCACAGUCGAUGAAGGCACUGAGAUCAUAACGGUCUUCAAUCCUGUGGUCACAUCUGCGCUCAACUAUUCGCAAAACUCCUUUCACUUCUCAAUAUCCUCAUUCACCAAGGAUGGAGUCACCAUGGAGCAUUGUCAUGGUGUCUUUGUGGCGAUGUUCCAAGCUGCUGUACCCAUUUCAGAAGCCAUUCUUUGCACAGAAGAUAUCAAAAGGACUACCUCAACCCGGUGUUCCAAAGCAGCAUAUUACAACCGCUUGCAUGCUAUCGGCCUCUGCUAUGGCCCCAGCUUCCAGCUCUUGACCGACAGCAUCGAGAGUGGGCAAGGCAUCGCGAUAGGAGAAUUGGAAUUUGGUCCAGAAAAGGCAAUCAGGGCGGACUUUGAUACUUACAUUCUACACCCUGCACUCUUGGACUCUUCUUUCCAUCCGAUAUUCGCUGCUGUCGAAUCCACAUCUAACGGUCCUUCGCAAGAGAUGCUUGUGCCGACGUUUAUCAAAUCCAUGACUGUAAAUGUGCAUCACGAUGAACAGGCUGAUGCCCUCAAUUCGCAGAGGUAUUAUUCCGUUACCAGAAUCGAAUCCUCCAGCUUGCGCUCUGUGGAAAGUUCGGUCUCCCUUUGCCGAAGUGGCCAGAGCCAUCCUUUUUCGCAUAUUCAUGGGCUUAGGAUGACUGCGAUAGGAAAUGAUGUCUCUCCUGAUGUCUUGCCUCGCCCCCUAUUCUUCCAGCUCCAGUGGCAACCGGCUUUUGACUGCUUGAAAAGCAUGGAACACGACUCCUUGCAAAGGGCAGAAGCCAUACAGAUGACUAAACUGUAUACUAAUCAGUAUCCUGAUGCGGAUAUAUUGCUAUUGGCGCAGGAUAUGGACGAAAUCAGGAUGUUCUUGCGGGCCAUCGAUGCGACACACACAAUAUUGUGCCACAACCUGAUCAUCGUUCCAUUCACUCUCCUGGAUAAAGACGAGAAGGCUACAAUCGAGACUCAAUUCAAGCUCGUUACCUUCGCGGACUCACUUAACGGGCUCGAGGGAUUUCGACUGAUAGUCGAUUUGACUUCGAGUCAAGAGCCGGAACAGUUGUCGAACUUGCUACAUGACAAUGGCUUCUUUAUCUCGAGCAGUACGAAUGCCAAAGAAACCACGCUAGAACUCUUCCUUUCCAACGAACGCCUAACGAUCUGGAGAAAGUCUGCCGUGCAAACUACAAGUGAUGGUUCUUCGGCUGCGAUCGUCAUCGCCGACAAUGUUAGUCAAUGUACCCUCGAUCUCGUUGCAAAUAUCCAGGCUGCACAUGGCGGAAAUCCGGCAGUGAUUACUUUUUCGGAAUUGAAGAUCAAGCCGCUCACAACAGACCUUAUCGUUUUGCUUAGCCUCGAUAAGGACAUCCUGUCCUGCCCAACCAAGCAUGAGUUCGAGAAACUACAGAUGUUGCUUGACAGUGCGAGAAUCCUCUGGAUCACGCAAAGUGCAACCCAUGAAACACGACACCCGGAGCAGAGCAUGAUCUCUGGCUUGCUUCGCACAGUCCAAAGUGAACACGAGAACAAGCGGACCAUGUGGCUUGAUCUCGGACUGCAGUUCGACCCCCAGGAAAGUGCCGCGACUAUUCUUACGAUACUACGUCGCCAUCAUCUCGAUAACGAGUUUGCCCAUAGAGAGGGUAUGCUGCUUAUACCACGAAUUUCCAUCAAUUCUAACCUCAAUAAUCGCUAUCAACCAAGCCGUGGUGCUCGCCAAGCUAAACUAGAGCCAUUUCGAACCGUCGAGGGUCCUCGUAAUCUGGCUCUGAAAAUCAAAGAGACAGGGCUCUUGGAUUCUUUAGUGUUCGAAGAGGACGAAGACACAAUUUUGUCGACGAAUCUCGGAAGUGAUGAAGUUGAGGUCGAAACGAAGGCAUCCGCACUGAACUUUCGAGAUAUUGCUGCCGCAGUUGGUAUCAUAGAUGACCACAAACUCGGGGACGAACUGGCUGGUAUGGUUACAAGAACCGGAUCCAACAUUCGGCCUGAUCAAUUCCAGCCUGGAGAUCGCGUGGCUGUCGUCCGACCAGGCCAAGGUGCCCAUAGAUCGAUAGUUCGAAGUGAUGCACGACUAUGCUUGAAGAUUGGCGAGAUGAACUUCGUGACAGCCACAUCGUUCCCAGGGAUCUUGAUCACGGCCUACUAUUCGCUCAUUGAGAUCGGCCGUCUGCGAAGAGACGAGUACUGUUUGAUCCAUGCAGCUGCUGGCGGAGUCGGCCAGAUGGCCAUUCAACUGGCGCAGAAUGUGGGGGCAAGAGUGAUUGCAACAGUCGGGUCGUUCGAGAAGCGAGAAUUCCUUAAGAAAAAUUUCUGUUUGACUGAUGACAUGAUACUUUCGUCGAGAGACGAUUCGUUCGUUCCAGCGGUCAUGCAGAUUACCAACGGGAGAGGCUUCGAUCUGGCUCUGAACAGUUUAGCUGGAGACCUUCUGCGAAACACGUGGAAGUGUAUUGCUCCAUUCGGCAGAAUGAUCGAGAUUGGGAAGCGUGAUAUCCACGAAAACUCGAAGCUGGAUAUGGAUCCAUUUCGCGCGAAUGUGGUUUACGCUUCGGUCGACCUCAUCACGAUGUAUCACAAGAACAAAGAUCUGCUGGGCUCCCUUUUCCGGAAAUGCUUUUCAUUGGUAGCUGAUGGAAAGAUCUUGCCACCAGCUCCUAUACAUGUCUACAACUAUGCUGAUGUUCAAAAGGCCUUCAGAACGUUGCAAUUAGGGAAGACAUUUGGCAAAAUCGUCCUGGUGCCGGCUGUUGACGAUAUGGUGCCUGUCUUCCAACCAGUUCGGAGGAGCACAGACAUCUUCAAAGCUGGCAGAUAUUACCUUCUCGUAGGAGGUUUCGGUGGCAUUGGACGUUCCCUUGUCGAAUGGAUGUACCGUCGAGGUGCUAGAAAGUUCGCAUUUCUCUCCAGGUCUGGGAACACGAAACCUGAGGCGCGCGAGCUACUUAAUUGGCUAGUCACUCGCGGUGCUGAAGCUCAAGUUUUUCAAGGAGAUGCCGCAGACAACGAAUUUGUUGAAGAUUGCGUGCAGAAAAUAGGUCAUCGUCUGUCAGGUAUUUUCCAGGCUGCCAUGGUGUUGAGGGACGGCCUUUUUGACCAAAUGACGGUCGAAGAAUGGCAAACUUGCAUCUCGCCAAAGGUCCAUGGUACCUUUAACUUACACCAAGCAACCAUCCACCACGCACUUGAUUUCUUUGCAUGCUUCUCAUCGUCUUCAGCAGUUGUAGGAUCGUUAGGUCAGGCAAACUAUGCUGCGGCUAACUCAUACCUGGACGCCUUGAUGCGUUACCGCCGUAGCUCCGGUUUGUGCGGUAGCACGAUGAAUUUGGGUGUGGUUAGUGAAAUGGGCGUCGUUGCUCUGGAUGCUGGAUUGGAAAGGGUGCUUGAACGCAUGGGUUAUGAUACCGUCGACGAGAAAGACGUCUUUCGCCAGGUCGAAGAAGCGGUCUGCAGUUCGUCACCAAGUCAACUCGACCUGAGCUUUUGUGUUCCUUACACCGAGUUUCACAGAACAAUCAGUGGAAUCAAUCUUGCGAGAACUGACCUUUAUUGGGCCAGAAAGCCUCUGUUCUACAACCUAUACGCUGGCCUCGACGUCUUGGCUCUAGCAGACAACACGUCACAAAACUCACUUGCACGUUUGCGACGUACGCUUGACCCGCAGAAAAGACUAGAGCUUCUGAUCGUAGCUUUCUUAGACAAAGUGGCCAAUGUCAUGGGCACUCCCGCGACAUCACUUCGUAGUGACAAUCCUCUGUCUAUGUAUGGACUGGAUUCCAUCGUGGCUGUUGAACUACGCAAGUGGUUCUACCAGAUUUGUGGGCUUGACGUUCCACUGUUCGAAAUCAUGGGCGCACAGUCAAUUGACUCACUAGUCAAGCAAGUCAAUGAUGCAAUAGUGGUCGAAAAGGAUGUUGAGUUGGCGCCGAUUUACCCAGCACGAAUUGCACAGAAGCAAAAGGUCGAUAACACCGGCUUUCAGUCCCGUGCGGACACUGGUCCCGGCAUCCUCUUUCUGGAUUUCGCUCCCGAUAUCAAGACAGCCCCUUUGACAGGUUUUCAGCAGCGGCUCUGGAAUUCUCAUUUGACGCUUGAGGAUAGAUCAGCACUGAAUCUAGUGCUUAUCUCAACCCUGCGGGGCAAACCUAACGCAGAUCUUUUGAGGCAUGCAUUCAUUGAGCUGAUGCAGCGAAACGAGUCUCUCCGCACUGCUUACCUGGUCUCAGACAAGGGAGAAUCGUGGCAGUCCAUUGUCCCGGUCCAGGGUCCCUCAUAUGAUGAAAUGGACUUGAGACAAGAAGAUGAUCCAAUCGCUAGUCUACGCCGCACGAUAUCAACUCGACGCAAGGUUACUCUGGAAAUUGAGCGCGGCGAGAUGUUGAGGAUCACACUUUUCAGGAUCGCGCAGGACGACUACCGACUACUGCUGGUUAUGCAUCAUCUGGCAAGUGACAAAAGCUCAACAGCAUCCUUCAUCAGACAACUCACAGAUAUCUACGAUGCACUUGUGAGCGGAAGAACUCUGAACCGCCUCACAAGACCUGCAAUGUCCUACAUCCAGUUUUCCCUGUGGCUUGAGCAAAGGAUAAAUUCAGAUGAUGUCUCACGAGACUUGUCUUGGUGGUCGAAACGUUUAUCUUGCCUGCCAGACCCGAAACGGCUUUUCGAGCUCACCUCGCCACGUAGACAUCAACCAGCCAGGACAACCAUAGAGUUCUGCCUUGAGAAGCAGCAGCUGAGACGUAUGCGAAGAUUUGCUAGCCGUGCAAGAGCAUCAACAUUUCACUUCAUACUUGCAGCGCUUCGGACCUUUCUACAAUCGCACACGCAUCACGAAGAACUCGUCAUACUAAUGGUAGAUGGUAGCCGAGUACAUCCCGCUUUCGAUGACACACUUGGCUACUUUGUCAAUCUUAUCCCUCUUCGCUUUCAAGGCUUGAAGAAUCAAGCUUUGUUGCCAUUCUCAGAUGUCGUUUCUUCCACACGCUCGGCAAUCCUUGAAGCUCAGUCACAUACCACCAUACCUUUCGAAGCCAUACUCCAGCAGCUCACACGCGCCGGUGUUGUUGACCCAAGCCGUCCGCUCGCGCAGCUGGUAGUCAACUACGUAGCAGUCGGACGUACGCCAUCAUUCCGCACCUCCGAUUUUACCGUGGAUGACAUAUGUAUGCAAGACAUUCCGGGCACCUUCGAGCUUGCAAUUGAGGUGCUAGAGAAUGAAGAAGAUGGAUUAAGGUUUAGGAUUGAAUAUAACUCUACAAUCUACGCAAUGUCAGAUAUGGAUUGUCUAGGGAAGGAACUUCGUUCGUUCCUAAGUGAUCUAAUCAUAGACUGGCACCGACCUGUAACAGGGGUAACAAGACUGGUCCUCUAA